AUGCCGGUUUCAAUAUCAAUUUUCCAGCGCCUUUGUCGGCAAACUCCCAAAAAUCUAGGAUUUGGUCGAAAAUGCCUUUCUUCAAGCUCUAUGGUCAAAUCACCAAGUUCAACUCUAGGAAAACCUAUUAUUUCUCCAAUAGGCUGUAGAUUGCACCCUCACGUCCAGAAAUUACAUAAACAGAACUUUACUACAACAACAUCAAGCUUCCAUAUCCGUUUAAAGACGCCGGGCCCCGAUGAAGAGUCUAUUCAUGUUACAUUUAUUGAUAAAGAGGGAAACGAGCAGCGAAUCGCCGCUAGAAAAGGUGAAAACCUUCUGUCUAUCGCACAGUCAAACGAUGUAGAAAUGGAGGGCGCCUGCGAAGGUUCUUGUUCUUGCUCAACAUGCCAUAUAAUUGUUGAGAAUGAAGAGUUUUUCGACAAAAUUCCGGAAGCAACAGAUGAGGAAAAUGAUAUGCUAGAUUUAGCAUUUGGCCUUACCGAAACUUCAAGAUUAGGAUGCCAAAUUGAAUUGACAAAGGAACUGGAUGGCCUUCGAGUUAGGCUACCAUCAAUGACUAGAAAUUUACAGGCCAGCGAUUUCAGUAGCAAAAGUUCAUAA